AUGAGUGGACAGUCUUUGAUUGGUGGCACUGAUGACGCCCAUCACGGUCCUCUUUGGAUAGACCCUUUUGGAAAUAAAGCCAGUGAGGCAGCACCAGGAGGCUUCAGACGGCUAAGCUUGACCCUGGCACACAGGUGGCAAGAACAGGAGCCCGAGGAAGAGAUGGCCAUGGAAGACAGUCCCACCAUGGUUAAAAUAGACCGGGGUGAAAACCAGGUGUCAUCGUGUCGGGGGAGACGGUGUGGCUUCAAAGUACUUGGCUAUGUCACUGGUGAUAUGAAAGAGUUUGCCAACUGGCUUAAAGACAAGCCCGUGGUGCUCCAGUUCAUUGACUGGAUUCUUCGUGGCAUAUCCCAGGUGGUGUUCGUCAGCAACCCCAUCAGUGGAAUCCUGAUUCUGACCGGAUUUCUGGUCCAGAACCCCUGGUGGGCUCUCUGUGGCUGUGUGGGAACUGUGGUCUCCACUCUGACAGCCCUCUUGCUGAGCCAAGACAGGUCAGCGAUUGCAGCCGGGCUCCAGGGCUACAACGCCACCCUUGUGGGAAUGCUCAUGGCUGUCUUCUCAGACAAAGGCGACUAUUACUGGUGGCUGAUACUCCCUGUAUCUGUUAUGUCUAUGACUUGCCCAGUUUUCUCAAGUGCAUUGAACUCGGUGUUGAGCAAAUGGGACCUCCCUGUCUUCACUCUCCCUUUCAACAUGGCGUUGACGAUGUACAUGGCAGCCACAGGACAUUAUAAUGCAUUCUUUCCAAGUAAACUCUUCACACCUGUCACCUCCGUGCCCAAUAUCACGUGGUCUGAGCUCAACGCACUGGAGUUACUGAAGUCCCUUCCGGUGGGCGUCGGUCAGAUAUACGGCUGUGAUAACCCGUGGACAGGGGGCAUUUUCCUGUGUGCCAUUCUUCUUUCUUCCCCACUCAUGUGCCUGCAUGCUGCUAUUGGAUCAUUGCUGGGUGUCGUCGCAGGACUCAGUCUUGCAGCUCCGUUUGAAGACAUCUACGCUGGGCUCUGGGGAUUCAACAGUUCUCUGGCCUGCAUUGCAAUUGGAGGCAUGUUCAUGGCACUCACCUGGCAGACCCACCUCCUGGCUCUUGCCUGUGCUCUGUUCACUGCCUACUUCGGAGCCUGCAUGACACACCUAAUGGCUGUGGUCCGACUGCCAUCUGGUACAUGGGCCUUCUGUUUGGCCACACUACUGUUUCUCUUGAUGACCACGACAAACCGCAACAUCUACAGGAUGCCCCUCAGCAAAGUCACCUACUCUGAAGAGAACCGCAUCUUCUACCUACAAAACAAGAAGAGGAUGGUUGAAAGCCCUCUGUGAAAGCAACCCCACACAACGGCUGUGGUCACGAGUCAUUUCUACGUGCAGCUCCUAUUGGCUUCCAGAUUCUCAGCAACUGCUUUUCAUCACAGGGGAACAACUUUCAGACUGUCAGCGACCCAUUCUUUUGCUUGCUUUGUGUUUUUCUUUUUGGCGGUAUAUCAUCAAGCACAUGAGAGCCAUGUCCAGGUGAUGUUCUCUGGAAUGGAAUUUAAACCCUUCUGUGUGUUGGGGGGGCGGGGUAGCACUAAGAUUGUAAUGUAUUUAUAAAGUCAGAAUGUUCCGACAGAAAGGAAAAAUGGGAGCAGAAUAAUUAUUAUUCAAAGCUAUCUUUGAUGUCAGUAUUAAAAAUUAAGUUCUGUAACCAUUUAAGCCUUACGGCAUUCACAGGCACAGAAGCAAAGCCAACCCAAAGGUAUAAACAGUUUGCUUUCAGAAUUAGUACAAGUUACUCAUAGCGACUGUGACCAACAUUGCAUUGGGGCAGGCUGACCACAGGACUGGUCCUCAGCCCACCAGGAGCGUGACUUCUACACUGUCACGUGUGUGACAGUCUUAUAUUUUUGGUUGUGAGCCUAGCCUUUAACGGCUGAGCUAUCCCUUCAUCCCGUAUGACAUUCUUAAUGAGAAUGGUUAGGGUUUUUUUUUUUUUUUUCAAACUGACAGAACUGUGGGGAGGACUUUGCUGGCCAAAAUAGUUUUGUACUGCCGCUCUUGGAAUUUGAAAAAUUCAGGUAGAGUUUAUUUAUUCUUAUGAAAAGAAAAUAUUCUUUUCACCUAUGUUAGUUUGCAGCUAGCCAAU